ACACAACCCAUGGGUUAGCCAUAGCCUCUCCGGCCGUCCUCUCUUCGCCGGUUCCCACAGGUUCCAUUUCAGAAGCCUUCCAUGGAGCCCGUGUUCUUCUCACUGGAGGAGGCGAUGCCCGAGCCCGACUCUAACCCCUGCCGGACCGCGUCGCCGCCCCUGGAGGCACACGUGCUCGCCGGAGGACUCGGAGGAGUGGGCGCCGGCAAGGUCGUCGGCGGUGGCGCGACGAACGAGUGCGCGACAGAAUGGUGCUUCCACGAGUCCGUGGACGAGCCGUGGCUGCUCAACGUCCCCACCGCGCCAGUGGCGAACCCCGAAGCUUCGACGCUUUACCCUAAUCCCACGGCCGAGGGGAGCCGCAAGAGGCCGUACGACGUCCAUGAGAUGGUGGGCGCGGUGGAGGUCAUCCCCACGCCGCCUGCGGCGAGCCCGGAGGUGGACCCCGUGGCGUACAACGCGAUGCUGAGACGGAAGUUGGACGCGCAUCUCGCCGCCGUCGCCAUGUUGAGGAACACUCAGGGAAUUUGCCGACAAAGCUCCCAUGACAAUGGAGCAUCGCAAAAUCCAGAUUCCAUCCAAGGCUCAGAAAACCACACCGAAGAUGUCAGUGUGCAUCAACUUAGCUCUUCCUCAUUGGAGCCAUCACCAUCAGAUGGUGAUAUGGAAGGGGAGGCACAAACAACUGGAACUAUGCAUAUUAGUGCAGAGAAAGCGAAUAAGAGGAAAGAAUCUAACAGGGAUUCGGCGAGACGCUCAAGGAGUAGAAAAGCAGCUCAUACGAAGGAACUAGAGGAGCAGGUCUCACUAUUAAGAGUCGCAAAUAACUCUUUGAUAAGACAUCUUGCAGAUGUAAGUCAGAGAUACAUUAAUAUCUCUAUUGACAAUAGGGUACUCAAGGCAAAUGUUGAAACCCUAGAAGCAAAGGUAAAGAUGGCCGAGGAAACUAUGAAGAGGGUUACAUGCACCAACAAUUUUCCUCAAGCAAUAUCUGGCACAUCUCUCAGGAUUCCUUUCAGUGGCUCCCCAUUGGAUGGUAUCUGUGAUAAUCCAUUGCCAACCCAGAACACCUCACUUAGCUACCUCCCCACUACAACAACAGAUUUUGCUGUGAAAAACAACUACAUCCCCGAGCCAGCUCCAGCGUUCCAGAUCCAUGAUCAAAUGUCUUCGCUACAUAUGCAACCUAUGUCAUGCCUGGAUCAUCACCCGCAAAUGAUGCACAUAGGUAUUCCUACAUCGACACCUACUCCGCAACGGGAAUCUACUACGUUGGAUUCAAAUGAAAUAGUCACCAUGAUGAUGUAGUAGGAAUUAUAUGAGAGACCUGAGCAGGGAUUGUUUUUUUUAAUUAUUUUCAUUGUUGUUGUUGACCGUUGGGGGUAUUUAUAGUGGUUUCUCGGCUUGUUAAGUGGACAUUUCUUAGACUUGUUUAAGAAAUAUCUAUUGUUGUUGUUUCAGAAUAAGAACCUAGACAUAGUUGGUCUUCGAUAACCAUAUAUUAAAGGUUAUUGGACAAUAAAGUGAU